AGCAUCCACUGUACACAAUAUGGCUUCACCCAUCUCCAUCAUUUUUGUUCGCCAUCUCCACUACCAAUAAUUUUUUCGCAUCACAUGGACAUCCAUCUCAACAUCGUUACGAUUCACCGCCCAUCUCAUCUUUCCAGGUUGAACAUAGACUUGUUUUCCAGCAGUCUUCUAAGAAUCACUGAUCGAUUGCCGACAGAAGUAAUUUAUAAUCGGCUGCAUGAUGCAGAUGCAUCACCGUGAUCACCUCCAUGAUAAUCAUGUUGUCGAUACUUACUCAUAAGAAUCAUAAUGUUGAGGAUCACGAACACUACGAUCAUCCGUACACUACGAUCAUCCGUACUCUUCUUCUUCAGCUGUUCUACGUCGUCCUUCUUUUCUACCGAGUUGUAUUAUUUUUUUCUCGUCCUCGUUAUUCGUUGGUCAGAAAUGAGGCUCCUUGAUAUUUUCUCUGACCUUUAAAUUCCUAAUUAAUAGUAAUCCUUGUGUCCUAUUAUUGGAGGUAUUUUUGGUCUGACUAUGCCAUCACGUCUACUUGAAGGUAGUAAAAGAUCCAAAUUCAAAUUCAAAAAAAAUCAUUCGGUUCUUUGAUGAAAUCUGCGCCUCCUCGUUCUUGUAUCUAUUAUUGCUACUAAUUGGUUCUGGUGGUCGGUACCUACUAGAUUCACAUUUUAUUACAUACAAAAUGCCUGGUGCUCAUGGUGCUGGUUGCAAUUGCGCAGAGGAGGCGCAAACCCUUGGUCUAACCGCCAAAUGGUUGAAUCCGUCGAUAGCUCUGGACCAAGCUGUAGCCUUAAACGUCGAGACAGGUGAUAUCAAGACGGUUUUGCGAAAGAUUAUGGCUCUCAGUAAUAUGCAUCUCUGACUUUGGCUGCAAGUGCAACUGCAUCCUUGAAAUUAAGUUGAAAUCUGAUUCUAAUUACAUGGGGGAGUAAUAUUUCCACCACGACCUUGUGCUUAUGAAUAAACUCUUGUUCAAGAUAGAUUGAUGCACUUAAAACAUGAAUUAUUGCGGAGAGGUCUAAAAAGACGUAUGCAGAAAGGCUACAAGAUGCACUUGGCUUCGUAGCGACGCCUGAGGACGACAACGAGAUGCUCAUCUUCAUACCAUUUGCCUCGCCUGUAUUACUCCAGUCAGUAUACAUCAUAGGGUAUGGCCGCAAGGAAUAACUUUGUUGAUGUGGUUGGUUCUUGUCUAUUAUUUGAUAAUUCCAAUUCGUCGCUUCUAUAUCCGACGUAGUUUCAGAUUCAGUUUGUUGCUUCUACUACAGUCACCGUGCUUGUUCUGCUACUUCAGCAGGAGCUACUGUGGAGCUUGAGUUUGAGAUGACUUCCACUCAACCUCCUCCUAUGCUUACUCUACCUUUAGCUGUAUCUCGUCUCGAUUUAGAAACACCCCCUACUUCAUUCCCUCCUCCAUCCUCCUCCUUCUCCUCCAUCCCCCUCUAAGCACAAGGAGAAGGCCAGCGACAUCCCAGGAAAGCGCGACUGUUUGCAAAUCCGCCAACCGCUGCGACAGAGUUUAGCGACUUCGAAGAUCGCACGCCAGAGCAGGAACUAGAUGUUGCAGCAGAUCUAUGUGGCACAUAUGAAUACCCUCUACGCGCGAACAAAUUCUGCAACCUUCAAAUGCUAGUCGUGCAUUUAGUCGCGGUACUUUAGAUGGUUUCAUCAUUUUAAAAUCGGCAGGUUCGUAGGCAAUUAGUGCGCAGUAAUAUAAGGAGGUAAUCUGAAAGAACGUCUUCAUCCUCCCACAACAGGACGAGGGUGCCGACGAGAAGGAAUUGUAUUGGAUCGGGUUAAAGGGGAUACCUACGCAGUAUAGGCGAGAAGCAGUAAUAACCGUGUACGAAAGCCAAGCGAACGCGGCAGAUCAUAAAACGCCAGAAGAAGAAGCUAUGGAAAUGCACAUGAUGCAAUGA